AUGGCGUCUUCCACCGCACCAGCAUCGUCAAGUGCUUCACCCGUGAAAAUACUCACAGUGGGCUCUGCCGUUGGGUCAAUACGCGACCUUUUUGUGAAACUUAAAGCUAUCGACGCGAAGCAUGGUAAAUUCGACUGUGUCCUCUGCAUUGGGGACUUCUUCGGUCCCUUGAAAGAACCAGGGGCUUCAGGGGAUGGAACCGAUGAAACUGAGCAACUUUUGAACGUCCCUUUGAAAUGUUACAUCAUGCAGGGAGAGAACCCCCUACCUGAUUCUGUGAUAGAAAAAUACGCCAAGACUAGUGGAGAGCUAUGCAAGGAUGUAUUUUUACUGAACAAAUCAGGGAUCAUAACGACCGCUCACGGUCUUCGGAUAGCCUGUCUAGGUGGCAUCUACAAUCCAGGCAUCUACACCACUGCUGAAGCCCCUCCCGGGUUCGCAUCCCCCUUCUUCUCCACCCACACCGUCGAGCGCCUCCUCUCCAAUACUCUCGUUAAAUCAUCCUCAAAAUCCCAAUCCAAGAACCAAGCAUACACCUCCCUUACCUCCAUCCUCAACGCCUCUUCUUCCUCGCAGCUCAUCGACAUCCUCAUCACCAACGACUGGCCUGCAUGCAUUACACAGCACUCAUCAGCCCCUUUGUCUUCCACAGAGCUCUCCUCUGUGGGCGCCAUGCCCCUGGAUGAAGUUAUUAGGAAGGUAAAACCCAGAUAUCAUUUUGCUGCGUUGGGUGGCCGACCGCCACAGUUUUGGGAGCGGGAGCCCUUCGUGUGGGAUGAUGAGGCAGGAAGGGUUUCGAGGUUUGUAAGCCUUGGCGCGUUUGGGGCUGAAGCAACGGGUAGUAAGAAGCCCAGGUGGUUUUACGCAUUUUCAAUUGUCCCACCUUCCUCGUCAAACCCCGCUCCAGCUCGCCCCACAAACGCCACCAAGAACCCUUUCACUGAAUUAGCUCCCCGACCCCAAAAACGGACACUCGAAACAUUCGAAGGAGGAGAGAAUUUCAUAUGGGGAAACGUCCCCCAGCCCGGCAAGCGUCUUCGAACAGAUGCACCGUCAGGUGAGGAAGGCAAGCCGCCGCCAGGGUACAAAUGCCGGAGGUGUGACUCUACCGAGCAUUUUAUCACCUCUUGCCCUGACCGUCAAAAACCUCCGGAAGGAUACGUCUGCCGCAUAUGCAAUACGCCCGGGCAUCUCGUACGCGACUGCCCUACGCGCCACGCUGUGGGCGACACUGGUGGGCGAAAACCACGCCCGGGGUACGUGUGCCGCGCGUGUGCAAGCGAGGGGCAUUAUAUUGAGGAUUGCCCGGUUGCAAAUGCGGGACAACGUGGUGGAGAGAGGGAGGGAGGGAGGGGGAGGGGGAAGAGGGAUCCAAUCAAGGAGAUCGGACCCGACGAAUGCUGGUUCUGCCUCUCCAAUCCCAACCUCGCAAAACAUCUCAUAGUCUCCAUCGGAAGUGAAUGUUACGUGACGCUUCCAAAGGGUCAACUCAUACCUACGCAAUCCAACGCAGCCGGGAAUAACAGCAGUAUUAGUUCAGUCCCAGGUGGAGGCCACGUCCUCAUCGUACCCAUCUCGCACCAGCCGACGUAUAGCACCAUCCCUGCUGACAUCGCACCUCCGAUUUUCGAAGAGACUGAGAAAUACAAGUCUUCCCUCCGCGCUCUCUACGCCGCCCACGACACGAGCGCCGUAUUCUUCGAAGUCGGACGUCUGAGCACAAAAGGAGGGCAUGCGCAUGUACAAGCUGUUCCCGUGCCUACUUCGCUCGCGGGGAAUGUGGAGCAGGCGUUCAGGUCUCAGGGAAUCGAUUUUGAUGGUACGCUGGAAGACUGUCAAGGUGCAGGACUACCAGAUUCCAGGAGGGGAAGAAGUUAUUUCAGAGUGGACCUGCCUGAUGGGAGGACGUUGGUCCAUUUGAUCGAGGAUCAUGCGCCUUUCGGGGUGCAGUUUGGUAGGCAAGUCCUAGCAGACUUACUAGGCAUCCCUGAUAGGGUGGACUGGAAGGCAUGUAUGCUUCCCGAGGAGGAGGAUAAAGCAGAUGUGAAGGCAUUCAAGGCCGCGUUCGCACCUUUUGACCCGUCGAUGUGA